CUAAUACUUUGGCGCCAAAGGGUUGGAGUUUUUGCCGCCAAAACCCGCUGCUUCUUCUCCCCUCCCUCCCCUCUCCAUCCCAGAACCCAUUCAGUCGCGGACGGCGGACGCUCCUAUCCCCUAGCCUAGCGCGCGCGGACGCAGCCACUAUGCCGGGCCAUCCAACCCCUGCCGACGCGCUCCUCGGCGGCGGCACAUCCCGCCACCACGCGGAGCUUCUCCUCCAUAGCGGCGAUGACGGCGUCUCUGUCAAGGAUCUCCGCCUCCGCCGCGUCGUCCCGCCCGCCGCCGGCUCCCUCGAUACCUUCCCCGAGUGCGCCGCACCCGUGAAGCCCGGAUUUGUCGAGAUCACGCCUCUAGAGGCCGUGUCGGCUGCUACUGCGGCGGCGGCCGGGGACUUUGACCGGAAGUUGGCGCCCCCGCGGUCCAAGCUCGUCCGCGAUCCGCGUUCGUUUGGGUACCGGCGUCUGCUGCCUUUCCUGAACGAGCUGACGAAGAACGAUAGCUCAAUCGGCAAGGAGGUGUUCCCGCAAGACACAGCUGCGCACUCAAAGGAUGUGCUCGGCGGAUCUGAUUCUCGGCUGGCUGAUGAAGCUAUAGGCGUUAGCCACUGCGAACCUGAAGCCAUGGUGGUUAACACCGGAGGAGACACCGAUGUGAAAGAUGCCUGCAACAAUGUCUCGGAAGAGAUCAAGAUUGCCCCUCAUGACCUAACCAACAAACCGUUGCUUGCCGGAUGCACAAGGUCGAGGUUUGUUCAUCAUCCGAGCUCGUUCAGCUACAAGAGGAUGCUGCCAUUUCUCAUGGAGAAUGACAUUUCUGCUCAGGAAUGUAACAGGGUCAAAAUUCGAAAAAUUGCAGAGGAAAGGCAGCUAGCAUCAAAUGAGAAUGAUGUCUCAGCCAGUGGGCAGCAUUGUCUUGCUGCAUCUGAUGACUCUUCUCAGGAAUGCAAUAGAGGUCAAGUUGAAACAAUGGAAGAAGAAAAGCCAGCAAAAGCAGAUGAGAAUAAUGUCCUUGGUGGCAGACAGCUUCAGCCUCCUGUUCUAGAAGCGCCUCCUCCUGAUUUCAGUGUAGUUGAAAUGCAAAAUGUCAUGCAGCAUGAAGCUUCGGCUUCAAGUCAAGUUCCCCUAACUUCUUUUGAGGGUGAAUUAACAUCAGCUGGGGACAGUGUCCAGGCUGUUGGAGAACAUCAGCUUGUUGCAUCAGAAGAGUCUCUAGACGAACACAAAAGAGAUGAAGUCAAAAGAAGCAUACAUGAUGCAGUAAAAUCAGAUGGGGGCUAUGCUUUGGAUAGCAGAGAAUUUCAGCUUGCUGCAUCAGAAGUCUCUCCAGAAAACAGCAUGGCUGAAGUGCAAGGAGCUGCACAAGAAGAAUCGUUACCUUUAGAUGGAGUUGAGGAAAGGUCAGACAAGGGUGACUUUGUUUCCACAGAGCAGGCUCAGCUCUGUGUCACAAAUGAAUCUUUGGCUGCACAGCUGCAAGGUAAUGUUGAAUUCGCUGAAGUACCACAGUGCCAAAACUUGGACCCAGGAUGUCAUGAUGUUGGUUUUGGUAGCCGUACCAAGAGAGUGAUACCAUUGUUGCAUCGGCAUUGUGCACAACAACCUCAGGAUUCCGUGGUUUCUCUUGAUGAUCAGCUUCUUGACGAUGACAUACAAAUGAUCUGCAGACCUGAUUCCCGUGCUGUUGACAGAUACUUAUCAGUCGAGGAAAUGUCUGGAUGCAUUAUGUUAACUGAGUCAGCAUCAAACAAAGCAGGGAUAUCGCGGCCAAGAGGUGCCCAUUCAAUGGAAAAAGGAUCUCUGUCUCCUAAGAAACCUUCUCCAAAGAAAGGAAUACUCAAGAGGAAUACAAGGGGGUGUAAGGGUAUCUGCAUGUGCUUAGACUGCUGCACAUUCCGACUACAUGCUGACCGAGCUUUUGAGUUCUCUAGGAAGCAGAUGAAAGAAGCAGAUGAUAUAAUAACUAACUUACUGAAGGAGGUGGCCAGUCUUAGGAGUCUGCUGGAGAAGCCUGCUGGCCAAGAAUCAACGCAAGCAGCUUGCAGACAUGCUUCUCGGGUGGAGGAGGUGGCCAGAAACAGUUGCCAGCAGAUGUUCGUGGAUCUAAAUUCCCACUGCAGAAUCCCUAAACCAAGGGUUAGAUUCACCGAAUACGUCGAGGAAAAGAAGGCCUUACCAUCUCCACGCAGGAGCAACCGUAGUAGGUGACAGAAUUUCAGAAAGUGGUGGCGGCCUGACCUGCUGACCCUACGGAUCGUGUUGCUUGGUUGUUCAGUACAUAAUCUGUGCUGCUUGGUUGAGUGGUUGUCACAGAAGGAAGAUUGAAAUGAAAUGACCGACUUUUUUUUGCGAACUGGAACAUGCCUAUUUGCAAACUUUUUAGUUGUGAAAUGAUGGUCCCUUGGUUGUAAGAAGUCUGGCAUGUGUUGGUUUAUGAUGCUUGAGGUCUGUACUACCAAGUACUGUGUGCUCCCUA